AUGGAAUCCAGCCAUUACGUUGAAAUGACAGGAAGACCACACUCAGCCUCGAUAUCGAGUGUACAUUCCCAUGGCCACUUCAUCGAAGGCCUCUUUGUAGAGAGCGAAAACAAUCCCAACGGAGAGGGACAGUCACUAAGACCUCUAAUGGAGACAGGUCCCGACCCGGCACUCGGGCCACUAGCUGAAUCUAUUGAAAACGAAGAAGAGGAAAACAAACCGACGAAAGACAUAUCCUAUACACCUAUUUCACACUGCUUUAUCUGGGAAGGUCUAGCACUAGUUAUCUCACUUGUAUUGCUGAUAACCAUCACUAUUGUCUUGUCUCAGUUCGACGGCCGCCCGCAGCCUACCUGGAAUUACGUAUCGCUGAACUCUUUGAUCUCCUGGUUGAGCACUAUUUCCAAGGGAUGUGUUCUAUUUGCCACCAGCGAGGCAUUGGGACAAUUAAAAUGGGUUUGGUUUACUCAAAAGACCCGUUCGCUGCCUGAUCUAGGCACUUUUGAUAGAGCCACUCGAGGCUUCUAUGGCAGUGCAGAGCUGAUCUGGAGUCUCCGAGCGAAACACUUCGCAGUUUUGGGCAGUCUGGCAGUUAUCCUCGCUCUCGCCAUCGACCCCUUCACUCAAAAUUUGAUCCACUACUACUCCAACCUGGUCACUGAUGUCUCGCAAAUCGCAACUGUAUCGACAAGCUUUGUUUACGACGUGACCGGUUUAACGAUUCACCCUGGCGCCGCAUGGUACGUGGACCCAAUAUUCAAGGCCAAUAUCUACAAUUCACUACUCAACAACGACAAAACAAAACCCUGGUCUAUCCCACAGUAUACUUGUGGCACUGGCAACUGCACCUGGGAUCCAAUUGCUGCACUAGAACUGAGCUCGAGCUGUACGAACGUUACAGAUCAGCUGAAGUUUGUUUGCUAUGACGAUAAAGAAUUUAUUUCUAAAUUUGGAGCGCCGAACUGCUCUGUCAAUCUUUUGGGCAGCACUACCUCGGCGAGCUUUGUGUUGAAUCAAUCACACGGCUACCCAGUCUCUGUGGCAUAUGUCAAAUCAAAUAAUGCCUUGGCAUAUAAGAGUACAAACCACUAUACCACCCAAAUGAUCGCUCCAGAUGGGCUGCUUCUAGAAGGCCCAUUUGAGCUGGGGAGGACCAAAUGGCAGGCAAUGGAAUGCGCCCUGAUGCCCACCGUUCGAAGCUUCCGCACAAGCGUCACGAAUGGCAUCUACCAUGAAGAGACCCUAGCUAUCUGGAAGAACCUCACACCCAUACUUCAAGGCUCUGAUUACUCUUUCAAUCCACCGUGGAGACCAAACAUGGGAAUAGAGCAUAACCAGAGCUUUUUAUUAAGCGUACUGUCCAUCCAAGCGAUGGAAGGCUUCUUCAAAAAUAUAUUCACUGGCCGCGCGGAACUCACUUCCCAAUACGGUAUGAUAUUUUCUUCUUACGGCGGCGGUUCUUAUGCUGGUACCGAUAUCAUUCAGGCCAUUUCACAUGACAACAUUACCGGUUGCAAUGUCAACACUGCCGAGAAACUUGGAUGUGUCAUGGAAAAUGUCGCUGCGGCAGCGUCCAAGACUUUUCGCGACUCGGCGGCUACUGACGAUGGCCCAGGAAACGGCACGAUUUGGAUUGCUCUCCCGGCUCUAGUGUGGCUUCUAGGUGUUGUGACACUGGUAGGUACCAUGUGGAAGAGUCGACGGAGUAGCGUUCCUAGCUGGAAGAAUGAUGUGGUACCUUUGCUGUUCUUGCAUAAAAAUGGCCAGGAUGAGGGAGUCUCGCUCAAAGCGAGAUUAUACAAAAGCGAAGAUAAGAUGGUGUUAGGUGAAUAG